AUGUUGGAUAUGACGAACGCGGCCCUUCCCGCGCCACACGAGCUGUUCAAGUACUAUUCCACCUACCAGGUGCUGAUAUGCACAUCAUGCCGCUUCGCACUCAGUCCUGGGGGAGUGGCUCGGCACAUGAAAGAUAUCCACCAUCUCCACCAUGAACAGCGCCGGCCCUACACUUUGUUCGCGAGCAACUUCCGCCUGAGAGAUCCGGAGAAUGUCGUCAAUCCGCACGAGAAGGACUUCCCCAUUCCGCAUCUCCCUCUCGAACAAGGUUGGAAGUGUACAGAAUGUGGAUAUCUUGCCAUAUCCAGAAAGCGCAUGGAGACCCACUGGCCACCUACCCAUGGCCGCAAAGGCGACCCAAGCCGUGACUGGAUAGCAGCUCCCCUGCAGACUUUCUUCCGAGGCAAUAAAGUCCGCUACUUCACUAGCGGGACCGUCCCAGAUCAGGAGAGGCUUCUUAGUCUCCCUACCGCAUCUGUCUACAUUGAAAGAAUCCGUGACAAGUAUCAGCUGGACGCUGUCGACUCCCUCACGCUGGAGCAUUACUUUUACUCUUCUUAUAAAAGCUUUGCCAAUAACGAGACGGAGCCAAUUUGGCUCAAGGUGGUUGCUGAUCUAGCCCACGAUCACUUAUUUCUCUUGAAGGGGAUUUUGGCGUGCACUGCCUUACACAUGGCACAUCUCUAUCCCGCGCAACGGAAAACGUUUAUCCUGCGUACCUACGCCCACCAAGACGUCGCGCUCCCAUUAUUCCGGGAUGCAAUUGAUCACCCUACGGCGCAAAAUUGCGACGCUAUCAUGACUUUCGCAUACCUGCUCGUCACUCUUUCUCUGGCAGAGGUUAUGGGCAACGCCAAUGCCCCGCUGUUACUCGUCAACGAAAGAGGGGAGAGCGAGGCAAGAAGCGAUGCGCUUCCUCAGUGGCUCUAUUUCCUGAGGAGUGGGUGCGUCAUGCUCUGUGACGUGUGGGAUCGCGUCGAGACUGGCCCCGUCAGUGCACUAGCCUAUGCGUGGGACGUUGAGCUUGAUAGGUUCAUGUCCUUUGUCCCGAAGGACGGGUCAUGGUCUGAAGAUAUUAUUUCCGUCUACUAUGAUGCGGCUGUGGCGUUAGCCGAAGCUUUCGCCUACAUGGAACAAACGCCGUCGCCCGAUACUAGUACGUGGCAUAUUCUGGGGCUGUGGCCGGUUCGGGUGGAAGAUGAGUUUUUGGAGUUGUUGUUCCAGAAACACCCCGGUGCUCUGAUUUUGCUUGCCCACUACUGCAUCAUCUUCAAGAAGAUUGAGGACCACUGGUACCUGGAUGCGAAGCCCUCCAAGCUGAUUAGCUCGAUUACAGAGAUGCUGGAUGCCAGGUAUCAUGCUUCUGUGAGAGAGGCCGAGGAUAUCGUCCUUGAUAGGAUAUGA